CGACUCUCCAUCGCUAUUGGCUGUGGGCGUUAUGCAGCUGCUUGUCAACAAGAUGGCCUUCCUCCUCAUGUCGUUUUGACACUGAUUAUUUUGGUAUCCCCGAGAACAUACCGUAAAAGCUUGUGUCACUUCCAAUAGAUAGUGAGCGAGCGAGCGACUGCUGAGAGUCCUAACAAGGCGAAUAGUCAGCUAGACCGUGUUCAGUCAACUGACAGGCACACAAGCUUCGAUACCAGCCACCACAGGACACGGUUGAUAAUAGAAAGUAGCUGCUGGCUACUGUCGACGUUAGCCAGCCAGCGAGCGAGUGAGUUAGCUUAGCUACGUGGGCACGGAUAGUUAACCAAACUGGUUUGGUCAGAGCGAAAUAGAGCGAGGAAACACUGUCACUGACAGUUUGCCAGUCAAGAAGAUUGCCAGUUGAGAUUAACAUUGAUAAGUACUCCAUCCUGUCCCACCAGCUCUACCUGUCUUGUUGACAGAGGUUGUAUGCCCAUUGCUGCUGGUGAGCUUGGUGGCAGGCAGUGCCCAUCAGGUUGGCACUGGGACAGGGAGCUGACAAUGAGAGCUCUGCGUGUGUGCUGGCCAGCAUAGGUGCAGAUAUGCCCCGGUGGUCUGCAUCCUGAUGGACCGAGACACCUUCUCCCACAUCCGUCUUUGGUGCCCACGCCCGUUUGGCACCUACUCCCAGAACAAAGCUAGGAGCCUAGGCUCAGGGGGCAACAGUGGAGGGGUCGGCGGGGCAGGAUCCCCCUCCCUCUGCAAGACUGAGUCCUCUCCAGGUACCACAAGGACAGUGGAUGGAAAUGAAGAUGGAGGGAUGAUAGUGGGGGUGCAGGAAGAGAGUGGAGAAGAGGAUGUGGGCUCAGAGAACACUCCGCCUGAACCUGAACAUGACUCCAACUCACUAACACAGAGCCAGGCCCCUCCACCCUCUAUGGCCCCUCCCUCACCAGCCUCUUCUGGUUCCCAGAUGGAAGAUGGCCGCGUGCUGUUAGACACUUGGUAUGUCAUUAAACCAGGCAACACCAAGGAGAAAAUUGCCUUCUUUGUUGCACACCAGUUCAGUGGAGCAGGCCAGCCCAGACCCAGUGCCAUGAAGGUUAAAGGUAACUGGGCAACUGACUGCAGCAAAGCCAAAAGACGAAGACGAUGCUCCUUCUAUGAUCCUCCAACACGCUCCAAUGCCUCAGAGCCACACCUCAGCCAUGACUCCUCCCUUGCACCUCCUAUCUCUAAUGAGUCACCACAAAGAGGGGUGAAUGAAAUGGACCUCCUGUCGGUGGCAGAGAUGGUUGCCUUGGUUGAACAGAGGACCGCCAUGGCCCUCCAGGGGAUCGUGGCUGUUCAUGGGAGCCAGCACCACCACCAGCCCCCUACUACCACUCCCAGUCAGGUUCUUUCCCCCCACCAACACACUCUACUCCGGAACUCAGUGUCAGAUCCUGCACGUAUGGUGUUUCUGUCUGAUAGUUCAAAUGCCCAGCCCUCCAAAGAUGCCCAGGAGUCAUCAUCUCCCAUCCAGACAGACCAGGAACUGGAGGAGCAGCAGGAGUCAUGCAGGGUUGCCCAGGCCAUCGCACACUUUGAGUCCCAGAACCUGGAGAAUCAGCUCCAUCUAGGUACUGGUUCAGGAAUAGAAUCCUCUAAUCAAAGCCGAGAAAGAGAGUAUAGAAAAAGAGGGGAGUCUGGCAUUGUUACCCCUCCUCCACCUCCCAGUCACAGUCAUGGUGAGGUUAGGAUAGCUUUUCGAGUGUCAAAUCUGGACCCUCGGUCUCAGUUGGAGCCGGCUGGCAGGUCGCGCUGUAUGUUUAUGAGCUGCGGUGGUGGGGGAAACCAGGCAGCAGCCAGGGCCAAAGAGAAAAUCACCUGUGACCUCUACCAGCUCGUCAGCCCCUCAUCAAGAGACCCCAGUAGCCUGCUGCUUGCUGCCACAACUGCUGCCCCCAAACCAGAUGGAGACCACCAUCACCCAGACAGGCAAGCUGGUGGUAGCUCAGACGCAACACAGGAACUUUCUUCUGCGGAGAAGAAAUGUGUGGGUGUAGGGAGGGAGCGAGUGACUGGCUUCCAUGUGGAAGUGGUGGUGACGGGUGCUGUGGACCAAUGUGUGUUUUAUGGCAAGGAUAGUACAGAGAAUGUGCAGGAGGAGACGGUGUGUUUCGCUAUGCCAACUGGGGUAGGGAAUAGUGGGGGUGUAGGCACCUCCACUGACCCUUCAUCAGAUGAUCCCCCUCCUGGACAGCUCUUUUUCCUUCAGCCCCCUCGAGGCUCAGAGGAAGAUGUAAAAGGAACAGGCCCUGGCAGUGGGUCAGGAAUCUGCUCUUUGGACUGUGCCAACAACAAUGGUCCUGGACCAGGGGUGGCAGUGGGCUCAGGGGAGCGGGCAACUCGACCAGACUCUCCUGGGGUUGGAGAGGACUGUUCAGACCCUUCCCUGUGUCGUCUCUACCGCCAUGUGUCCCAUGACUUUCUGGAGAUUCGCUUUCAGAUUCAGCGCCUCCUUGAACCCCGCCAGUACAUGUUGCUGUUGCCUGAUCACAUUAUGGUCAACAUCUUCAGCUAUCUGCCGACGCGCUCACUGGCAGCCCUUAAGUGCACCUGCCACUACUUCAAGGUGUUGAUUGAGACAUAUGGGGUGCGGGCAGUGGAUUCACGCUGGAAUCAAGACCCUCUCUACAGAGAUGACCCCUGCAAGCAGUGCAAGCGGCAAUAUGAGCGUGGGGAUGUUUCCUUGUGCCGUUGGCACCCCAAACCUUACCACCACGACCUGCCUUAUGGACGUUCCUACUGGAUGUGCUGCCGGCGUACAGACAAGGACACACCAGGUUGCCGUGUUGGGCUUCAUGAUAACAACUGGGUCCAACAGCCUGCUGAUGGCUCUCAGCCCAUCCGCACCAAGAGGGAGGACAGGAAGGAGGAGGCCAGGUAGAGAGGAAAGAGUACAUCUUACUCAUACAACUGUCACCUCCUCCUGUGCACCUUCAUUCUCCCUCUCAUCUCUGUUCAGACAACAAACAGGGGAAAUGAGAGAAGUACAAGAAGAAAUCAGCACUCCAGGACUAGUUUUGUUUUUCUUUUGCUCAGCACUCCUUUUUUUGUUCUUGCCCUCAGUGAAAGGAAAUUGAGAGGUGUGACACUCUCUUUGCCUUUUUAUCAUGUCCCCCCUCCCCCACUGGGCUCCAGAGUGGCACCUUUAAGUUUGCAUACCAGGGUUGGGGUCCCCUGCUGCUGCUGUCAGUCAGCUCUCUUUUGCCUCUUAAUCAUUUGGGUUUCUGUCUAACUCCAUUCAUGGUUGUUGGGUAAUUCAUGUGAAAACCGCAAUGUGUAUUUGAUUGAGAUUAGCAUUCAUAAAGUGACUCAUAGAAAUGUAAUGCCCUAGAGCCUGCUUACUGUUCCCAGUACUUGUUAUGUGUUGUAUCACCAACUUCCAGUUAGCUGUACAAUGGUGCUUCAAGGAAUGAGCUGUACUGGGUCCAACAGAUGUAAAGUGGUGGAAUGUGAUUGUAUAAAGCAAACUUGAUUUUCCUUAGUACAAGAAUGCUAUGUGUAGCUGUCCUGCACCAUGAAUUUCUAUUUCUCUGAAUGUGCUGUAAUGGUGUAUUAUGUUGACCAGUCUCCUGAUAAUGCUGCUGAAAUUAUUGCCUGUGUCACUGAUAUAAGUCUGAAAUAGCCAUAGCAUUGGUUAAUGACAGGCACAGACUCCAUACUGGCCAGUCUCACUGGCCACUGAGACCUGUUCUUGUCAUUGUUUCAGAGUGGACCCUAACCUUGCUGACGAGCCAUAAAGAGGAGCCACAGAUAUAUUCUGGGUUACAGAGAAUUGUGGGAGAUGGACUUCAUUGAUUAAUAGCAGUGGGAUUGGAUGGGAUUAAGAAGAGAAACUUGAUGUCACUUUGGAAAGGCCUGAUGUCACUUUGUAUGGUUUGUUUGUUUGAUUUGCUUGUGGUUUUUUUUUAUUAUUUUGUUUUGGCUCUUUUAGUAGAGUGUGUGUCAGAAUGUUUGCUGUUGUAUUUGCUUUUAUUCUUGAGGACUGUGUUCUCCUUGUAUCAGUCUGUUAACCUGCAAAGAGGUAUUUUUUUAAAUACUUCUUUGUUUUAACCCCCAGUUCUCUUCCUUUCCUCCUCCCUUCCAUCCUCCAAUUUGGUAGAGGGCAGUGUUUGCCAAAGCUGUCAUUCAUGCUUCAAAGCGGGUGAAACAAACUAUCACAGACCACAGAAACUCUACACCAGCUUCCAGCCUUAAAAGCCCCCUACCUCUCACCCACCCUGCAGGAGACUGAGGCAUCAGAUACCUCACAGAUGAUGAAGAGUAUUGGGAGUUGCACUGGACCCUGAAGGUGGUUAGAUUUAAGAUGCUCGAUAGACUCAUCCAGCUCUACUGGAUCCACCCAUAACUCUUUAUGUGGGAGUGUAUGAUGAACAGUGCCUGGUGAUGGCUCUGACUCUUCAAUCUUGGAAACAAUCCUCUUUCCCACUCCUUCCCCUUCUCCCUUGCUUUUAUACUCCCCCACACCCCCCCACAAGCUGACAGACUGGACAUUAAAUUGAUUGAUGAAUGAUGCUGAAACUGCAUGGAGGUGGAAAAAUGAUUGGGUAGUCAUGGGAGAACGCUGUAGGUUCCAGACAUGUACAAUGCUAUUGGGAAAUACCUGCUUAAAUAAAACAGAAGUGAUGAUUUAAACUGGAAA